AUGGUGGCCCCCGCCCUGGCCGGGCACCCACCGCACCUGCGGGCACGGGCAGGGCUGGCAGGGGCAGCACCCACCGGGAACCCCCCGGAGCCCCCCAAACCCUCGGGUGUCUGCGGGGACUGGGGCCAUGCUGGUGGUUUGUCACCAGCAGCGCGUGGGGGAGGCACUGCUGGUGACAUGGCAGGGCUGGGGACACGGGGACAGGAGGAUGAGGGCACAUGGACAGAGAGACACGGGGACAUGGGCACCAGAGGGAAGCCAGAGAGGCUCUUCCCCCUCCCAAAACGCCACCGAGAUGUCCUGGAAAAUGUCCCGGGACCCCCCCACCCAGACAGCCCCAGUGCCACCGCCACUGUCCCCUCACCACGCCGGGCCACCAUCCCCGCCCCGUCGCUGGUCCCCGAGGGGCUGGGGCCGGGCUGGGACGCCUCGGCGGCGCUGGGGGCUCCGGCGUCCCCAGAGCCGUUCAGCUGUCACAUCAACCCCCCGCGACCCCCGGGGAAGGGGGCCCGUGCCCCCCGCCCGCGCCAGGUGGGAAGCCCGGCAGCUGUCACCGCAGCCGGGGACCCGGGGGGGCACCCGUGGGACCCCCCGAGCGGCACCGCCGCGUCCCCAGGGGAAAGCAGCGGCAUGGAGCCACCCAUGGCAGAGCCAGGAAGCAGCUGUCCCCACGGCAGGGACGGAGCAAAUGUCACCCCCGCCACCUGGCACCGCACGCUGGCCUUGUCCCUGUCCCCGUCUCCUGCCGCGGGUCCCCCCCUUUCCGAGCGGGUGCAGGCAGCACCCCCAGAGCUGCGGAGGUGCCGAGAGGACGGGGGAGCACCGGAGGGAUCCCCGCGUGGUGACAGGGCCCGGGGGGUCACCGGCGUGGCGGGGGGGGGACACAGCACCCACCAUUUACCUUGGCGCUUCCACGGCCCCGCCGGCGGCUCAAAUGUCCCCCCGGGCCUCCCGCUCCGGUUACCGGCUCCGUUUACAGCUGCCGUUUAUAGCCCCGCUCCCUGUCCCUUGUCUCUGUCCCCUCCCCAUCGCCCACCGGGUGGGGACACAGGCUCCGAGCCCCCCAGGACGCCACCAGCCAGCUACCAAGGGCGUCCGGCCCCCGAGACGGGCACCGGGCAUGGUGCAGACCCCGCGGUCACCUUGGGUGGCUCUGUCACCCACCGUGCGUGCCCAGAGGUGGCCCCAGUUGCUGGGAGCCCCCUCGGUACCCCCCGGGUGCCACCCAUGGGUGCCCCGGCACGUCCCCUCCAGCACGCCGCCGGGGCUGGUGGCCGGCCAGAGCCGCAUGGUGAUUUGCAUAUUAAAUCCAGGCUCAUCUGCAUAUUAAGAACGGUUUCCUAG